AUAUCAAAGGCCGCAUUGUGCAGGGAGCCGGCCUUGGUCCCUGUGUGCCAGGGAGGAGGCGGGAGGAGGGACACCGCUGGAAGCCUGUCCCUCCCAGUCUCUUCUGGCUGGUGUUCCCAGGGGCUCAGCCAGGGUAGGAUGGUGCACACAUGGGUGGCUGCUUCUGUAUCCCCGGGGAGCAGAGCCUGACCUGGGGCCCAGGUAAAGAAGCUCCUUCCAAGGAUUCAGCCAUAUCGAGUGAGGGCAUAUCCUCGUCUGAACGCAAGGAAAAAUGUUUCCUGACACAGAACAUGACUCCAGACCUGACGCUCUCCUUCUGUGUGCGGAGCCGCUCCCGGAGGGGUGUGGACGCGCCCCUGCAGGAGGCUGCCCGCCGGCGGCUCUGGGCACUGGAGAGUGAGGACCAGCAGGUGCGUGCGCUGUUCAAGGACCUCUCAGCCAGACUGGUCAGUGUCCAGUCCCAGAGGGCUCAGUUCCUCAUCACCUUCAAGACCAUGGAGGAAAUCUGGAAGUUCUCCACCUACCUUCAUUUAGGCUAUGUGUCCUUGUGUCUGGAGCAUCUCCUCUUUGACCACAAGUACUGGCUCAACUGCAGAUUGGUGGAGGACACCGAGAUCCAGGUAUCUGUGGAUGAGAAGCACCUGGAGACAAUAUACCUGAGGCUCCUGAUACAAGAAGGCCACUUCUUCUGUAGAGCCAUGUGUUCCGUGGCUCAGCCAGCUGAGAUGGAAGGCGAGUGCUUGACACUUUGCAAGAACGAGCUAAUCUCUGUGAAGAUAGCAGAAGUAGGGUCCGAAUGGGAGGGCGUGUCCUUGGUGACAGGUCAGCGGGGCCUGGUGCCGGCGUCAGCCCUGGAGCCACUGCCUCUGCCCUUCCACCAAUGGUUCCUGAAGAAUUAUCCGGGAAGCUGUGGCCUUUCCAGGAAGAGGGAUUGGACAGGUCCCUAUCAGAUCGGCAGAGGGCGCUGCAAGGCCUGGAAGGACUACGAGCCCGAGGAGAAGGAUGAGCUGAGUUUCCACCAGGGGGAAAGCAUCGAGAUCGUGGGCUUUGUCAUACCUGGGCUCUCGUGGUUCAUCGGAAAGUCAACAAGCUCGGGAGAAGUGGGCUUUGUCCCCACCAGGAACAUAGACCCUGAUUCCUGCUCCCCGAUGAGCAGAACCUCCGCCUUCCUCAGUGACGAGGAAAAGUGCUCUCUGUGGGCCCUGGGACAUGACAGGAAGGCAGAGGAUGCCGGCUUUCUCCAUGCGCUCGCUCGGACCGACAUCACCUCUGUCUACCGGCUCAGUGGGUUCGAAUCCAUCCAGAAUCUUCCAAAUGACCUGAGCGCAUUCCAGACCGAGGGCUUCAAGGAGGCCAGGCCUGGCGGGGCCUGGGAGGAGCGUCAGGCCAUGCGCCCCAGGCGGUCCAGCAGCUCUGAGGACUCCAGCCUGGAAGAGGAGCUCCUCUCAGCCGCCUCAGACAGCUACCACUUGCCGGAGCCCGAUGGCCUCGAUGACCCGGAACUGCUGGUGGACCUCAGCUCUGGGCAGGAGGAGGAGGAGGUGGAGAACUUCGCCCCCCUCUUGGCAUUUCUGGAUCACGAGGGUUACUCUGACAACUUUAAGAGCCUCUAUGACUUCUCCUUCUCCUUCCUCACUUCUUCCUUUUACAGCUUCUCUGAGGAGGACGAGCUUGUGGCCUACCUGGAGGCCUCAAGGAAGUGGGCCAAGAGGGGCCACAGGACCUGGGCCCACACCCGGCUCUGCUUCCUCCUGGGCCGGCUGAGUAUUCGCAAGGUGAAGCUCUCUCAGGCCAGGGUGUACUUUGAGGAGGCCAUCCACACCCUCAGUGGGGCGUUUGAGGACCUCUCCUUGGCAGCUGCUCUGUACAUAAACUUGGCUGCCAUCUACCUGAAGCAGAGGCUGAGGCACAAAGGCUCAGUCCUGCUGGAAAAGGCGGGGGCCCUGCUGGCCUGCCUGCCUGACCGUGAGUCUAGCGCCAAGAACGAGCUGGACGUGGUAGCCUACGUGCUGCGCCAGGGGAUUGCAGCAGGCAGUGAUCCGCUGGAGGCCAGAGCCUGCUUUCUGGCCAUCCGCCUGCUCCUCCGCCUUGGCCGGCAUGAGGAAGUGCUGCCCUUUGCCGAGCGUCUGCAGCUCCUCUCAGGACACCCUCCUGCCUCGGAGGCCACAGCCACCAUGUUGAGUUUUCUGUAUGACAAGAAAUACCUUCCACACCUCGCAGUGGCCUCUGCCCGGCAGUGUGGCACCCAGAGCACCCAAGGGAUGUCUUCCAUGUGGCAGGUCCACCUGGUCCUGCAAAACACCACCAAGCUCCCUGGCGUUCCUUCCCCAAGCUGGGGCGACGUGUCCGCUGUGGCCUGCCCGAUGCUCAGGCAGGCACUGGCUGCCUGUAAGGAACAGGCCGACUGGAGCACCCAGAGGGCCCUGUGUCUCAUCCUGUCCAGAAUGUUCCUCCAGCACAGGUCUCCUGACGGCGCCAUCCACUACCUGAGCCAGGCUGUGGUGCUGGGGAGGCUGCUGGGCGAGCAGGAAGCCUUCGAGUCUUCCCUUUGCUUGGCCUGGGCCCACCUCUUAGCUGGCCAGGUGAAGGAGGCUGUGAACCUGCUCGAGCCACUGCUGUGCUCCUGGAAGGAGGCAGAGAACUUUACCCACAGGGGAGUGGUCCAUAACCUCCUGGGACUCGCCCUGCAAGGGGAAGGCCGGGUGAACAGGGCGGCCAAGAGCUACCUCUGGGCCUUGCACAGGGCACAGGAGGUGGGAGAGGUGCGUAACCAGGCGGUGGCUCUGGCCAACCUUGGCCACCUGAGCCUCCUGUCCUGGGCUCAGCGGCCGGCCAGGGACUAUCUCCUGCAGGCUGUCCGACUCUAUUCUGAACUCCAGGCCAGUAUGGAGACAGACAUGGAGUUGGUGCAGGUGCUUCUCUGGCUGGCCCAGGUUCUGGUGUCUGGGCGCCGCUUGACCCAUGGCCGCCUUUGUUAUGAAGUGGCACUGCUGUUUGGCUUGAGGCAUCAACACUUAAAGAGUCAGCUUCAGGUCACCAAAUCCCUCUGCCAUUUCUACAGCUCUGUGUCCCCAAAUCCCGAGGCCUGUAUCACCUACCACGAGCACUGGCUGGCCCUGGCCCAGCGACUCGGGGACCGGGAGAUGGAGGGGAGGCUGCUGGAGUCCCUGGGACAGCUCUACAAGAAUCUAAACACAGCCAGGUCCCUCAGGAGAUCUCUGAUGUGCAUCAAGGAAAGCCUGCGCAUCUUCAUCGACCUGGGGGAGAGAGACAAGGCCGCAGUGGCCUGGCUGGCGGCGGGGCGGCUGCACUACCUCCUGCAGGAAGAUGCGCUGGUGGAGCUGUACCUUCAGGCAGCCAUCCAGGUAGCCCUGAGGUCCGAUGAGCCCUCCCUGGCACUCAGGCUCUAUGAAGAGGCCGGUGACGUGUUCUUCAACGGGACGCGCCACAGGCAUCGCGCAGUGGAGUAUUACCGAGCAGGGGCUGUGCCCUUGGCUAGGAGGAUGAAAGCGGUGAGAACCGAGCUCCGGAUCUUCCACAAGCUCACGGAGCUGCAGAUAAGCCUGGAAGGCUACGAGAAGGCUCUGGAGUUCGCCACGUUGGCUGCCAGGCUCAGCUCAGCCACAGGAGACCAGAGGCAGGAACUGGUGGCCUUCCACCGCCUGGCAACAGUGUAUUACUCCCUGCACAUGUUCGAGAUGGCUGAAGACUGCUACCUGAAGACUCUGGCCCUCUGUCCGCCCUGGCUGCAGAGUCCCCAGGAGGCCCUGUACUAUGCCAAGGUCUAUCAUCGCCUGGGCCGGCUUACCUUCUGCCACCUGCAGGACGCCCACGAUGCCGCCGAGUACUUCCUGCUGGCCCUGGCGGCGGCGGUCCUGCUGGGGGACGAGGCACUGCAGGACACCAUCAGGGACCGGCUGGAUGAUGCCCACCGCAGCCCGCUGUGGCACAGCUGCCCCUCGGGGCGCUCCUCGGAGAGGGCGCGGUGGCUGAGCGGGGGUGGACUGGCCCUCUGACG